AUGGUUCAGGCUGAACCCAGUGUCCAGGAGGUGAAUCUCUCCACCAGAGAUGAGGGACAACACCGCGAUGAAUUUGAGGUCCGUUGGGACGAGGAUGAUGUCGCCAAUCCACAUACUAUGAGACCGAAGCGAAAAUGGGCUAUCGUGAUUCUGGUCUCGUCUAUGACACUGUGUGUCUGUGUCACUAGCUCCCUUUACACGACUACCUAUAAUCAGAUCAUGGUCGAAUUUGACUGCUCACGGACUGUCGCGACUCUUGGACUGAGCUUCUACAUUGCUGGGCUGGGCUGGGGGCCUAUGGUGAUGAGUCCUUUGUCGGAGUUCUAUGGACGGAGGCCUAUUUACCUCGUUUCGCUUCCGCUGUUUGUCAUAUUCAUCGUCCCUUGUGCCGCGGCACAUAAUAUCCAGACUAUGUUAGUUGCCAGAUUGUUGGAUGGACUUGCAGGAGCGGCUUUUACGUCGGUCGCAGGGGCUACCGUGGGCGAUAUGUACAGCAAGAGUACCCUGCAUACUCCGAUGCUGGUCUACACGGCUUCACCAUUCACGGGGGCUAGUCUGGGUCCUGUCCUCGGUGGACUGAUAAAUAGCUGGGCUUCAUGGCGAUGGUCAUUCUACUUUCUUCUCAUCUGGUCAAGCUUACAAUCUAUCCUUGUCAUGAUCUUCGUCCCUGAGACUUACCAUCCUGUUCUACUCCGCAACCGAGCUCGCAAACUACGCCAGGAGACCGGUGACGAGCGAUGGAGAGCACCGAUCGAAAAGCUGGAUCGAUCUGUGUUGAAGACCGUUAUCCGCUCCCUCUAUCGUCCCUUCAUGCUCCUCGUCCUCGAACCAAUGUGUCUCAACCUGUGCAUCCUCUCCGCCAUCGCCCUCGGUGUUCAAUACCUCUUCUUCGGCGCAUUCGGGGUUGUCUACGGCAAUGCAUACAAUUUCAAACUCUGGCAGACAGGACUGGCCUUUCUGGGCCUUCUGGUGGGAAUGGUUCUGGCGGUCGUGAUCGAUCCGUUAUUCUGCAAACUCUACCCCUACUUCUCCAGCAAAUCCAGCCGACAAAACCCCACCGCAGAUCAAGAGCCCGAAAGCCGUCUCCCUCCGGCCGUCAUCGGCGCCCCGCUUCUCACAAUAGGCUUGUUCUGGUUCGGAUGGACAGCCACCCCCUCAAUCCAUUGGAUCGUCCCCAUAAUCGGCAGCGCAGUUUUCGGAGCCGGAAUGAUCUUCGUAUUCCAAGGCGUCUUCACCUUCUUCGUCGACGCAUAUCCCCUAUAUGCUGCAAGCGCUCUCGGCGCAAACAGUUUCACGAGAAGUACCUUUGCCGCGGCAUUUCCGCUGUUCGGUGUGGCUAUGUACCAUAAACUGGGAGACCAAUGGGCGACGUCGCUACUCGCGUUUUUGAGUCUGGUUAUGGCGCCGUUUCCGUAUAUUUUCUUUAGGUAUGGGAAGAGGAUUCGGGGGAAGAGUCGGUUUGCGACGAAGAAGUGA